CCGGGAGCUGGGCCCGCUGCCCCCGGCCGUGAGCGAGGGGGAGUUUGAGGAGAUCAUGAACCGCAACCGCGCCAUUUCCAGCAGCGCCAUUUCCAAGGCCGUGUCCGGCGCCAGCGCAGGUGACUACAGCAACGCCAUCGAGACGCUGCUCACGGCCAUCGCCGUCAUCAAACAGUCGCGCGUGGCCGGGGACGAGCGGUGCCGCGUCCUGCUCUCCUCCCUCAAGGAUUGCCUGCAUGGAAUAGAGGCCAAAUCCUACAGCAGCAGCUCCAGCAGCAGCUCCAGGAAAAGGCACCGAUCCCGGGAGCGCUCGCCCAGCCGGUCCCGCGAGAGCAGCCGGAGGCACCGGGAUCUGCUGCACGGCGACGAGCGGCACGAGGAUUAUUUCCCGGAGCGGAGCCGGGAGCACGAGCGGCACCGGGACAGGGACAGAGACAGGGACCGGCACCACUGAGGCAGGAAUUCCGCAGGAAGUGGUUUUUAAUGGACUCGUAUCUCCUCACCUCGACACCCCCCCGAGGCCGCUCCGCCCCAUCCCGGCCCCUUCCCAGCCACUCCCAGCCCUCUCCCAGCACCUCGUGGCCUUGGGAAUCCCCCCCACCUGCUGCUGCUGCUGCUUCCCGGGGCCAUCCCGCUCCGCUCCGUGGACACUCGGACCCAAAGAGAAAUGGUGCUUUUAUUCCAUGGAGGGAGGUUUGUGAGCCCUUCCCAGUCCAAGGGGGGGGAACGGAGGGGAUGGAGCCCUCCCGAUCCCGGGAUCAGGAGCCACGUGCUGGCCUCUGGAUCGCCUGGGGACACUCCUGUCCCCAUCGCCCCGGCGGGACACUGGGCCACUCUCCUCCUUUUCCACCCUCGCCCUCCAGGAGUUGGGAAAAGAGGGGCUGGAGCUGGGCCGGGGGUCACCCCCUUCUCUAUCCCGACAUUCCCCACAGCAGCAUUCCCACCUGAACGGCAGCUCCGGCCUCUCCCGCGGCACCUUCCUUGUUUUAGAGGAAGCGGAGGAGGCAGGGCAGGCUGCGAUUCCCUCGGGUCCCCUCCUGAUCCCUCGGGAUCCCCGAGCAGGAGAGGGAGAGCCCAGGAGGGUUGGGAUGAGCCGGGACACACCAGUGACUUCCAGGGCUGGAAUCGCCCCUGGAGCUAUUCCCAGGCGGGAAAACCCAGGCUCUGGGAAGUCUUUUUAAGUUGAACUCUCCCCAAAAUCAGGAAUAACACCCCCUCCCGAUUUCCCAAGCCCCACGAGGUGGGAGCGCUCGGCAGGAGAGGUCCGGGUUUUUUUUACUUAAACGCCACAGAUUUUUAGUUUCUUUCCAAAUAGUGGAGGGGGGGAAAAAAAUUCCCUCAAAAUUGCAGAGCAAAUCCCUGGAAGCCCCAGCGAGGAGCUGCCCCCUCCUGCUCGCAGUGAUUAGAUUUGUCUUUGCAUAGGUUGAAAAAAAUUGUGUAAUAAACUCGAUGACGUUGUCAAGUCUUUUACAUGGC